ACAACAAAGUCUUCCCAUUGCACCAAACUAUCUACUUAUUUCUUCUACUAAAUCUAGCAUUGUUUUAUAAGACAUCUUACUGCUUCAAUUUCCAGAUAUGGCUAUGGUUACAUCAUUGGUGAGCGAAAGGCCUGUGGUUAUAUUCAGCAAAAGCUCUUGCUGCAUGUGCCACACCAUUAAGACACUGAUUAGUAAUUUUGGUGCAAAUCCUACAGUUUAUGAGUUAGAUGAACAUCCAGACGGGAAACGGUUAGAGAAGGAAUUAAGAGGACUAGGAUGCAAGCCAAGUGUGCCAGCUGUAUUCAUAGGAGAGGAACUGAUUGGUGGUGCUAAUGAAGUAAUGCGCCUUCAUCUUCAGGGUCAACUGGUUCAGUUGCUCCUCAACGCAAAUGCUAUAUGGGUUUAGACAACGUAUACGGAUAUAACUAUGAUUAACAGUUUGUUGAACUCUACUAAUUAGUUUAUAACAAGUACUGUUGUCUGCCUUUUUGAUGGUGUUUUUAGUCAACUCAAAUUUAUGUGCUAACUUCCAUAUGUAUUUACACUAGUUUAUGAGAAGCAAUGAGAAUAUUAUGUUUUGGAUGAGUUACUAAU